CACCUCUCGACCACCGACAAGUAAACGCCGACAAGCACGAUGCUCUCUUGUGCUUCAUUCAACAAACUGAUGUACCCAACGGCCGCGGAGGUGUCUGCCGUGGCCAGUGGCAAGUCGUCCGCCGUGGCCGUGGAUGGCAGUGGUGCCAUCGGAAUUGGGUCCCUGGCCAGUCUGCAGGCCCUGCCAUCGGGUGCCUCUGCUGGAAGCGGUGCGCCCAGCGAGACUCAGAGCGAGAUCUCGUCGGUGGACAGCGAUUGGAGUGACAUACGUGCCAUUGCACUGAAGCUGGGCGUGCAAAAUCCAGACGAUCUUCACACCGAACGUUUCAAGGUUGAUCGACAGAAACUGGAGCAGUUGAUAAAGGCUGAUAGCGUAAUCGAGGGCAUGAAUGGGGCUGAAUAUUUCUUUCAUGAUAUCAUGAACACCACAGAUACGUAUGUAAGCUGGCCUUGCAGACUCAAGAUUGGCGCCAAGAGCAAGAAGGAUCCACAUGUACGGAUUGUGGGCAAAGUGGAGCAAGUGCAGCGGGCCAAGGAGCGCAUUCUGGGCAGCCUUGACUCGAGGGGCACUCGUGUGAUCAUGAAGAUGGACGUCAGCUACACGGACCACUCCUACAUCAUUGGACGGGGCGGCAACAACAUCAAACGCAUCAUGGACGACACUCACACGCAUAUUCACUUCCCAGACUCAAACCGCUCGAAUCCCACUGAGAAGUCCAAUCAGGUGUCGCUGUGCGGCAGUCUAGAGGGUGUCGAGCGGGCCCGAGCCUUGGUGCGUCUCUCCACACCGUUGCUCAUCUCGUUCGAGAUGCCUGUGAUGGGUCCGAGCAAGCAGCAGCCGGAUCAUGAUACGCCCUACAUCAAGAUGAUUGAGAGCAAGUUCAAUGUGCAGGUCAUAUUCUCAACACGUCCCAAGCUGCACACCUCGCUGGUGCUGGUCAAAGGCUCCGAGAAGGAGUCGGCCCAUGUCCGUGAUGCCACUCAGCUGCUGAUCAACUUUGCCUGUGAGAGCAUUGCAAGCCAAAUCCUCGUCAAUGUCCAAAUGGAGAUCUCACCGCAACAUCAUGAGAUUGUCAAGGGCAAGAACAACGUGAAUCUGUUGAGCAUCAUGGAACGCACCCAGACCAAGAUCAUCUUUCCCGAUCUGAGCGACAUGAAUGUGAAGCCGCUGAAGAAGUCGCAGGUGACGAUCAGCGGACGCAUCGACGAUGUCUACAAGGCGCGACAACAAUUGCUUGGCAAUUUGCCCGUAGCAUUGAUAUUUGACUUUCCCGACAACCAGAACGAUGCCUCCGAAAUAAUGAGCUUCAAUACCAAGUACGGUGUCUACAUCACACUGCGACAGAAGCAGCGACAAAGCACUUUGGCCAUCGUGGUCAAGGGCGUGGAGAAGUUUAUAGACAAAAUAUACGAGGCGCGCCAAGAGAUCCUUCGCCUGGCCACGCCCGUUGUUAAGCCGGAAGUGCCCGAGCACUACUUCAUGCCCAAGGACAAGGACCUCAAUCUGGCCUACCGCACCCAGUUGACUGCGCUUCUGGCCGGCUACGUGGAUAGCCCCAAGACUCCGUCGCUGCUGCCGCCGGCACUCUCGGGACAGCUGACGCCGUACGCCAACAACAAUCAUUUGCUGCUCAACGCUAAUGCAGCUGUGGGUGGCCUGGCCACGCCCACUGGUAUUUGUGCGCCCACCCAGAAGUACAUGCAGCUGCACAACAGUGCCUUCCAGCACCAGCAGCUGCAGGGACAGGGACAGGUGCAGGUGCAGGGACCGGGCCAAGGACGUCCCGUGCCCAACCACAACAACAACUAUCUGCAGGUGCCGGUUCCUGGCACGGUCAAUGCGGGUGCUGGAGGGGGUGCUGGCGCUGCUACUGGUGGGGGCAUGCUCAAGCCACCUCCUCCGCCCGCGAAUGUCUCGCCGAGGAACAGCUGCAGCCAGAACACGAGCGGCUACCAGAGCUUCAGCAGCAGCACGACCUCGUUGGAGCAGUCGUAUCCGCCGUAUGCCCAGCUGCAGGGUGCGGUGUCCUCCACCUCGUCGACGGGCUGUGGCAAUCGGGCGCACUACUCGCCGGACUCCACCUACAGCAGCGAGGCGGGCAGCAUUGGCGGCGCCGCUCGUCUCGGGCGUCGCCUCAGCGAUGGAGUGCUCCUGGGUCUGGGCAACUCCGGAGGCGGCGGUGCCCACCUGCUGCCUGGCAGCGCCGAGAGCUAUCGCAGCUUGCACUACGACUUGGCAGGUGGCGGCGGCGGCGGCGGCGGCGGCAAACACCAGCACCAACAUGCCACACAUCGCGCCUUCGAUUUUGACAUGAAGCGCGCCCUGGGCUUCAAGGCCAUGGAGCGGACUCCGGUGGCGGGAGAGAUGCGUACCCCCACCCCGGCCUGGAUGGGCAUGGGCCUCAGCUGCACCUCGCCGGCUCCCAUCGAGACUGUGGACGAUAACGGUGCUGCCGGCGGGGGUCAGGGCUGGCGCAUGCCCCCACCACCGCCGGGCCUCAGCUCUCCGUACGGCCUGAGCGCCACCACAGGACUGCUGGACGCGACGCCCGUGAACCGUCGAAUGCAGCUCUCGCAGCACAAGGACAUCCAGACACUGCUCACAAGUCUCGGCCUGGAGCAUUACAUCAAGAUUUUUGUGCUCAAUGAAAUCGAUCUGGAAAUGUUCACCACGCUGACCGAGGAGAAUCUAAUGGAGCUGGGUAUCACGGCAUUCGGAGCCCGCAAGAAGCUGCUGGCGGCCAUACACACGCUGCUGGCCAAUGAAGCGGCCUGCAGCAGCAUGCCCAGCAGCAGCUCCUCGCAGAAUGUCACCUCGCCGCGGUUCUCCGGCAGUGCGGCGCCAGGCGCUGAGCGCCGUCCCUCCAACCAGUGGUGAUCGGUGAUCGGUGGUCCUCCCACGUCUAUAUUUAUUAUUCAGUCCCUCUAUCCAACAUUAGUCAUAUUAUUCUUUAAUUACUUUUUUUUUCUGCAUGCAAAAACUUUUCGUUUAUUGGGUAAUUCUAGACUAAGGAAAACAGAUGGGAAAACCAUUCCCGAAAAUGUUUAAACAAAACAGUUGAAUACCUUUCAGAGCUCUGCCUUGCAUGCACACACAAACACACACAGAGAAACACUCACACACACACACACACACACAGAUUGGCCCUGACCUUGACUUAUACUCGUUUUUGUACUCAAAUUCCAAGUGGCAAAAGUGCGCAGGUGGCAAAGAGCGGAAGGAGUAUUCGGCAGUUUGCCGCAGAACCCACAAAAUUACCUAUUUUUAAGCGAUUUAUUUAUUCCGAAACUAUUUAUAGCAACCAACAUAUCAAACAUAUUGUGAAUUAUUUAUGAAAUCCAACUCAACGAAGUCCCCCCUAUUGUAAGAAAUGAAUUUAUGUAAAUUAACUGAAAACGAAAGAAAAAAUCCAACAC